AGGCUUUCUCGCCAUCCGAGGCUUGGCCCUAGCCCUGUGCGGCUUCCCUCGCGGCUGCGGACCCUCUGCCUGCGCCCAGCCCAGCCACAAUGGGGACUGCUCAGGUUUUGCCUGGCAUUCUGCAGAAGCAUUGCUGUAUCUUACCAGACAGGAAUACAGGCCAUCUCCAGACUAUAGUCACAUUGGGCUGGGGCAUGAAGUAUGGAUUUGGGGUGUGUGUAAUUCAGUCCAAACCACAGAAGCCGCCCCGAGCCGACGUCCCGCUAUCGGUGAGGCUGCAGGACGCUGUCACGUUACUGCAUGGAGCCUCUCGCUGUCUGAGCGGUCACCUGAAGCCGGCCCACGCUGUUUCCUUAUUCUGUGCACUGGAGCAAAAACGUUUAACUGACUACGAUGGGUGAUUCCUAAAGUUAUAUUGGACUCGGAAAAAAAUGCAUUGGUAAAACUCACUCUUUGAAUGUUUCUAGUAUUCAGAGUCCAGGUCAGAGUCCGGGUCACUAUCUUUCUAUAAUGAUUGGUAUCUGAAACAAGAACACUGGCUACAAUGUACAGUCUUGCUCUGUCUACUGUAUAAACUUCCCCAAUCAAAUAUUUUUCAUAAAAAUGUUUUUGGAAAUGAAAAGUUACAACCUGG